AUGGCGGACGCGCGGCCCAGCUGCACCCGGCGCGGCGGUGUGCGGCACGGGCUGCUGAAGAGGGUGGCGCCCCUCAAGCGGGACGGCCCGCGGCGCACCGAGCCCGAGGCGGCGGGGCGGCGCGCGGCCGGCGACGGCGGCUCCUGCUCUGGCUGCUGGUGCUGGCGGCGGCUCUUCCGGCGGGAUGCGGGCAGCGGCCCGCGCAGGAAGAAGGCGCGGUACGAAGCGAAGCCCGGGCCCGCGGCCCAGGAGCGCGGCCGCUGGGGCCCCGCGAGCCUGCGGAAGCUGCUGCAGAGGCUGGUGGCGUGGAGGCGGCACUACCUGCGGGCGAAGGUAGUGGUGCUAGAGCUGGAGAUCCCGCUGCUGGGGCUGGACCGCGCGCAGGCCCGCGACUAG